UUUUCAGUUCAUACUCCGUGUGGGUCUCAACAAAUUUCAUGUAAUAUGAUCAUUUCAAACAAGGUCUGAAUAGCUAGUACCCACCAUGGAAGUAGAGGGAUUCACCGACUGGAAGGGCAAGCCCAUCAACAAACAGAAGCAUGGUGGGAAUAGAGCUGCCAGCUUCAUCUACUUUUUGGUGACAGCAUUGAACAUCACCUAUGUAUCGAACAUGCUAAACAUUGUGACAUAUCUACAUAGCAUCAUGCACAUGGGGCUCGCCGCCUCUUCCACCACCGCUACCAACUUCAUCGGUGUCACUUGUGCCUUCUCUCUGUUAGGAGGAUUCCUCUCGGACUCAUACAUGACUAGAUUCAGAACCAUACUCAUCUUUGGUCCCAUCGAAUUUCUGGGAUUUGGUUUGCUAGCGCUUCAAGCCCAUCUCCCGUCGCUCCAGCCUCCUGAAUGUGACAUUAACAACCCACAAAACAAAUGUGGCCAAGUUCAUGGCUACAAUGCCGCCCUACUCUAUAUUGCCAUUUACACCAUAGCCUUGGGAGAAGGAUGCGUGCGUGCAAACCUGGCAUCUUUCGGAGGAGAUCAAUAUGAUGACAAUGAUCUGACAGAGUCAAGGCUCAAGUCCAGCUUCUUCAACUGGUUUACAUUCAGCAUUUCACUAGGAGCAUUCACAGGCCUGAUUUUCAUUGUGUGGAUCGAAAAUAACAAAGGGUGGGACUAUGGUUUCGCUCUUUCUGCUGUUAUCGUCCUACUCGGAUUGUUGGUGUUUACAUCUGGAUUCUCUUUCUUUCGCAACCAACGGCCACAAGGCAGUCCUUUAACUCGAAUGUCACAGGUUUUUGUGGCUGCAUUUAAAAAAAGAAAGCUCAUCCUACCUGAAAAUGAAGACGACUUGCAGCAAGUUGCCAAAGAAGAGAUGGCAGACGUGGAGUUGCUCCCUCACACCAAGGGCUUCAAAUGGCUGGAUAAAGCUUCAAUUUCAUAUGGCAAAAUAGGAAAAUGGUCUCUUUGUACUGUAACUCAAGUGGAAGAAACAAAGAUUGUCCUCCGAAUGCUUCCCAUUAUCAUCAGCGCUGUGUUGGGCUACCUACCCAUACCCCAACUCAUGACAUUGACAGUCCAACAAGGCAGUACCAUGAACACCAAGAUAGGGAGCAUAGAUGUUUCCCCCGCGACUCUACUAAUAAUCCCCAUAAUGUUUCAAAUGGUGAUCCUAGUCACCUAUGAUAGAUUGUUUGUUCCAUUUGCAAGGAGAAUCACAGGAUAUAAGAGUGGAAUCACCAACUUGCAACGUGUCGGUGUAGGAUUCAUAUCGACUCCACUCGCAACUUGCGUGGCUGCCAUUAUAGAGAGGAAAAGGAAGAAGGUAGCAGAGGAGCAUGGGCUAACUGACUCAGGAACUGGCGUGCCUAUGUCGGUGAUGUGGCUACUACUACAAUUCUUUGCUGUGGCCAUCAAUGAUGCAUUUUCAUUUGUUGGGUUGCUAGAGUUCUUCAAUGGCGAAGCAUCGAGAGGGAUGAAGUCGAUGGGGACUGCCAUCUUCUGGUGUGUACUCGGGUUGUCUUCCUUGCUUGGAUCUUCUCUAGUAGAUAUUGUGAACAAAACUACCAAACAUGGAGAUGGAGAAAUAGGGUGGUUAGAGGGUAACAACUUGAACAAGAGCCACCUCGAUCGUUUUUAUUGGUUGCUUGCUGCCCUUGGACUGCUCGGGUUCUUCAAUCAUCUGUUUUGGGCAAAGAGAUACGUCUACAGGCAUUCCCCUCACAAUCCAAGUGGUUGAAAUUCUUCAUCUAACAGGACAUAGUAUUGCCAUAUGUUACUAUAUAAAUCCCACUAGUAUCACACAGUGCUUUGCGUCUCUUGCAUGUUUAUUCUCUUUAAUGUUCUCAAGGGCAGAUUUGUGCUCAUGUAAUUAUCUCUACUAUAUGUAA